GAUUGUACCACUAGUGUCAGUCAGAUUCUGACGCAUUCUGACGUGUACAAUAAUUGUGCCGUCGUCGAUAGGUUAGUUUGGAGUAUUAGAUAUCGGAUUGUUCCUUUAUUGUUAUUAAAAAGAUAUACGAUCAUGCUCGAUCUUUUUACUAUAUUUAGUAAAGGUGGGAUCGUAUUAUGGUGUUUCCAGAGUACGUCGCAAAUUUUUACACCUAGCGUUAACGCAUUGAUUAGAAGUGUUAUUUUGCAAGAACGUACAGGAAAUCACACCUUUGAACAUGAAUCGUUACGACUACAGUAUAAACUGGACAAUGAAUUUGAAUUAGUAUUCGUUGUGGCGUAUCAAAAAAUACUUCAGUUAUCAUACGUAGAUAAAUUCUUAAAUGACAUACAUCUACAGUUUAGGGAUAAAUUUAAAAAUGAAUUAGAAAGUUCUCAAUGGUUUUCUAAUUUUGAAUUUAAACAAUAUUACGAUCAUGUAUUGGCUGCAGCCGAACAAUGGGCACGGGCGCAGGCUAAAAUACCUAAACAAAUGCGUACCUUCGAUGAGAGUUUAAAAUCUAAAAAGACUGUUGCUAGUAUGAUAGAGAGAAAAGAUGACAAGGAUAAUAAAAAACAGGGUAAAAGGAAGAAGGGAACUAUUAACAAUAAUGAAAUUGAUCAAACAAAGGUGCAAGAAAUAUCAAAAUUGGAAUCUUCUAAAUCACAAAUAAAUCAUAACGGAGAAUUGGAUGAAGAAACGCUUAUUGCAAAUCGCAUGAAACUUGCUCAGAAAUUAUCUGGGCAAAAGAAAAAAGCCGAUAAGCAGAAGAGUCCCAAGUCAGAAAAAGCAGGGAAAAAACCACGUGUUUGGGAACUUGGAGGGACUACCAAAGAUCUUGCUUCAUUGGAACGUACCAAAGAUAAACCGGAAGAGAUUGGAGAUUACGUUCCGGCUGAUACAGGAUUGGUGGGUAAAAUGAAGGGUACCAUUCGUGAUUUGGAAGUUGAGAGUGAUUCUGAUGAUGAAGAUUCUGACGAUAGGGAAAUGGAAAAUACGAAAGCACAAGUACAAAAGAAAACAAAUAGCAUGUUUUCUAUGUUCAAGAGCCUUGUUGGGAAUAAAUCUUUAAAAGAUGAGGAUAUGGUUCCGGUUUUAGAAAAAUUCAAGGAUCAUUUGAUUUCAAAGAACGUAGCAGCUGAUAUUGCACAGAAGUUAUGUGAUUCUGUUCGUGUUAAAUUGGAAGGAAAAGUUCUUGGUACAUUUGAUAGUGUAACAAGUACGGUUAAAUCCACUUUAACCGAUGCGUUGGUACAAAUAUUAUCUCCGAAACGGAGAGUUGAUAUUUUAAGAGAUGCUUUUGAAGCUAAAAAGAAUAAUAGACCAUACGUUAUGGCAUUUUGUGGUGUUAAUGGAGUAGGCAAAUCUACCAAUCUGGCUAAGAUUUGUUUUUGGUUAAUAGAGAACAACUUUCGUGUACUUAUCGCAGCGUGUGAUACAUUUAGAGCUGGUGCAGUAGAGCAAUUGAGAACUCAUAUGCGUCAUCUAAAUGCCCUUCACCCUCCAGAGAAACACGGAAAUCAAUCUAUGGUUCAACUUUAUGAAAAAGGUUAUGGAAAGGAUGCAGCUGGUAUAGCCAUGGAGGCGAUUAGAUUUGCUAAGGAUUCCAGGUUCGAUGUGGUUUUAGUAGAUACUGCCGGAAGAAUGCAAGACAAUGAACCUUUAAUGAGAGCUUUAGCCAAAUUGAUUAAAGUUAAUGAACCAGAUUUGGUAUUAUUUGUUGGCGAGGCUCUCGUUGGAAACGAAGCUGUAGAUCAAUUAGUGAAAUUCAAUCAAGCUCUAGCAGAUUAUAGUAAUUCUGUCAAUCCUCAUAUUAUCGAUGGUAUUGUUUUGACCAAAUUUGACACUAUCGAUGACAAGGUGGGCGCAGCUAUUUCAAUGACUUACAUUACAGGACAACCAAUUGUUUUUGUUGGAACUGGACAAACAUAUACAGAUUUAAAAUCAUUGAAUGCCAAAGCUGUUGUACAUGCUCUAAUGAAAUGAAUGAUAUAUAUAACAGCAUAUAAAUGAAAUUAUAAUAUUCUUUCUAAUUGAAAUUUAUUUAUCUAUCGUAUUCGAGGAAAAAUACAAAAAAAAAAUAAAAAAAAAAAAAAAAGAAAAAGA